CAUGGUUGUAUCUUGUUUUUUUCCCUGAAUUUAGUUGUUAUAUUAUUGCAUCAGGUGAAAGGAGAACCCAAUGUUUCCUACAUCUGUUCUAGAUACUACCGCGCUCCAGAACUCAUAUUCGGUGCCACUGAAUAUACGACUGCUAUAGAUAUAUGGUCUACAGGUUGUGUGAUGGCUGAAUUACUUCUUGGACAGCCAUUGUUUCCUGGAGAGAGCGGAGUUGAUCAGUUAGUUGAGAUUAUCAAGGUUUUGGGAACACCUAACAGGGAGGAGAUAAAAUGCACGAAUCCAAACUAUACUGAAUUUAAGUUCCCUCAGAUAAAGCCUCAUCCAUGGCACAAGGUAUACCCAAUUUAUUUUCCCUUUUUCUUCACUUUUAUAUGAUGUUUAUAAUAAAUU